AUGGAGCACCGGUACCUACCAUUACCAAGAGCACAUCAAAUUGAAAAAUGUGAAAGGUAUGGUUUCGGUUAUCGACAAAGACAUCGCAGUCACGACCUGUUCGAGCAAAGCUUUCCUCAGAAAUCAACUUGCCGAUAUUAUCCAUUUUUAUUGGGAAGGUUCUUACAUCUUCUUCGUGCCUUCUUCUUCUUCAAUUUCUUCCUAUUCUUCUUGUGAUCGAUCAAGUGUCACUGAGCCCUUUUGUACCUGUUUGUUCUGAAAGUUUUUGGAUAAGAAAACAUGGAUAUCGAUUGGGCUGAUUUCCUCAAAGGUAUGUUGAAACCGCUUGCGGCUACCGCUGUGGUUUUAAUGGCGGUGGUUCUGUCGAUGGUUCAGAAGCUUGGGUUGGCGAGGGAGAUGAUCUACUCUAUGGUUAGGGCUUUUAUUCAGUUGUCUGUGAUCGGGUUCGUGCUUCAGUUUAUUUUCAAUCAGAAGAAUGGUGGUUGGAUUGUCGCUGCUUACUUGUUCAUGGUCUCUGUUGCUGGUUACACAGCAGGCCAACGUGCAAAACAUGUUCCACGUGGGAAGUACAUUGCUGGUGCUUCCAUUCUGGCUGGAACGGCAAUAACCAUGUUCCUGCUUAUACUGCUGAAUGUUUUCCCCUUCACACCACGAUACAUCAUCCCUGUUGCAGGCAUGAUGGUUGGUAAUGCCAUGACCGUAACUGGUGUAACAAUGAAGCGACUCCGGGAUGACAUCAGAAUCCAAAAGAACCUGGUGGAAACAGCAUUGGCCCUUGGAGCAACCCCACGGCAAGCUACAGUUCAGCAAGUAAAGAGAGCUUUGAUUGUUGCACUCGCUCCUGUUUUAGACAAUGCAAAGACCGUGGGUCUGAUCUCACUUCCUGGUGCAAUGACUGGUCUUAUAAUGGGGGGAGCUUCCCCGUUGGAGGCCAUUCAGUUGCAGAUUGUGGUGAUGAACAUGCUUAUUGGGGCAUCAACUGUCAGUAGCAUUAUGUCAACAUACCUAUGUUGGCCUACCUUCUUCUCCAAAACUUUCCAGUUGGAGGCCAAGGUCUUCAAUGCGGAAUAGGUUUUUCUUUUUGUUGUUGUUGUUGUUACUCCUAACUAUGAACAUACUAGUAGUGAUUUGUGAUCCAUACUAGUGGCACAUGGAAUGGUGGAGGGAAGACAUUCUUCACGAAGUCUGCUGAGCUUUUUUGUACAUUAGGGGCAGGUGUGUUGUCUUCUCAAAUUGAGUAACAAAGUAAUGGCUCAUUUUGGAAUCAGAUGCUCAUAUUAUCGAAGCUUUCUAUGGCUCAAUGCAUUCAGUGAAUCAGUGCGGUCCUUCGUGGUCUUGUGCUUUCCCUUCUUCAAUAAUGUAAAUAAUGUUAGCGUUAUCUACUUAUCUAUGCAA